UUAUAAUCAAAUUGGUGAUUAAGGUAUAUCAAACUUAGGUUCUGGCUUAGCAAAUUGCACCAAUCUCUCAAAUUUGACACUUUAUCUUAUAUCGAAUCAAAUUGGUGAUUAAGGUGCAUCAGGCUUAGGUACUGGCUUAGCAAAUUGCACUAAUCUCUCAAAUUUGAUACUUUAUUUGGGAAUCAAUUAAAUUCAUGCAAUAGGUGCAUCAUGCUUAGGUUCUACUUUAGCAAAUUGCUCUAAUCUCUCAAAUUUGGUAAUUUGUCUUAGGACUAACUUCAUAGGUGCUAAUUCGCGAUUAGGAAUUGGAUUAUCAAGAUGCGAAAAUUUAAUAAACUUGAAUUUAAACUUUAGCAAAAAUAAGAUAAAAAAUGAAGGUGCUUCUAUAUUAGGGACUUGCCUAGAAAAUAUUGUCAAUCUUGAAUAUCUCUAACUCAAUUUAAA